AUGUUGACCGCUGGAGAUUACAAGGAGAUGGAAAGCUGCUGUGUGGAGUGGAGGCACUUGCUGCUGAGCGUUUCUGCAUCCGUUAGCGAAACAUCUAAAAGGCAUUUGAAGAUGCACCAGACGAACUGUAUUAUAUUGUCAGUACUGCUGCUGAUCGCUGAUGGAUUCAUUGUGCGCGGUCCCUCUGGUCCUCUGGUUGCUCCUCUGGGAUCUUCACUGGUUCUGCCCUGUUAUGUUGAUGAACCUUUACUAAUGGAGGAUCUGGAGGUGGAGUGGAGAAGAACAGACUCAGAGACUUUAGUUCAUCUGUUUCAAGAUGGAGAGAGUCGACCAGAGGCACAGUCGCAGGAUUAUCAGGACAGAGCUCAUUUCUUCACUGAGGAGAUUAAACACAGAAACUUCUCCCUCCGGCUGGACCAUCUGAGAGCUGAAGAUGAAGGACGAUACACAUGUACAGUUCACAGUCAGCUGGAGUCUGGAGAAACUGAGGUUCAAAUAAAAGAUGUUGGUGACGUUUUGCUGGUCUCAGGAUCAGAUCGGUCCAUCUCUGCGUCUGUGGGUGAAGACGUCACUCUGAACUGCUCUGUCGACUCUCACAUCAAACCUGAACACUUAGAUGAGGUUUCCUGGAAGAAAAUUGAUAAAGAGAAUGAAGAUGAAGAUGUUCUGGUCCUGCUCUACCAAAACAACAAGACCUUUCCAGGUUCAUCAGAUGAGCGAUACCGAGACCGAGCUGAGUUCUUCACCGCUGAAAUCCCCAAAGGAAACUUCUCUGUCCAACUGAAGAGCGUCAGAACGGAGGAUAAAGGGGUUUACAUGUGUCAUGUGUUUGCUGGAAGACAUUCAGCCAAUGCAACUGUAGUGCUGGACCGACUGG